AGCCCCCUUUUCCUCCAAAGCUACUUCUCUCUCUCUCUCUCUCUCUCUCUCUCUCUCUCUCUCCCCAACCGUUCGUCGAGCAUAAAUGCAUAAUACGACAGCUAAGCUGAAUCAAGAGCACGUUGAUUUGGGGAGUUUGUAUCAGUUUUUAAGUUUUUGUCGAUCAAAGAGAGUGAAUUAGGGUUUAGGGUUUAAAGUCAGCAGCUGUUGCAGGGUCUUGAUUUCUUUUAUUUCAGGUAUAAUUUCUCAGCAGCUGUUGCAGGGUCUUGAUUUCUUUUAUUUCAGGAUAUAGUGGCAAAGCAGAAUUAUGAACAUGCGAAUUUUGCAGCGUGUUAUAUCUCAAAUUUCUGCUGCUCCAAGCACCAACACAUUGAGAAAUGAAACCAAGUCCUUGAAUCCAAAGUUUUCUCUUAGUUCUCGAAUUUUUUCGACCAAGUCUGAUGGUGGUGGAGACAAAGAGGGUGGUGAGUCGGGGAAGCAAACUGGUGGAACUAAACCUUCUGCUGAUGAGUUGGGUUGGGAUGUUUCCUCUUCAUGGUCAACGGGAUUGACCAGGGAGCAUUUUGAUGGAGAGGUGGUUGGUCAUCAGAUUACCUCUCCCUCUCCUGGUGCUAAAGAUAAUAUUCCCCCUCAGUUUCCAUCCACAACUUCUCAAGAGAUAGACCAUUUAAAAUUAAUGGAAGCAGAGAACCGCAAGGCCAAAGCAUUUGUCGAUGGAUGGGGCGAGAGGAUGCGUGAAAUGAGUGUAUUGAUGAAGCAGGUUAGAGAGCCUGGGGCAAGAGGCUCAUAUCUUAAGGAUUCUGAGAAAGCAGAAAUGUAUCGGCUUCACAAGGAGAACCCAGAAAUGUAUACGGUUGAAAAGUUGGCUAAAGAUUAUAGGAUUAUGAGGCAGAGGGUGCAUGCGAUUUUGUGGCUCAAAGAGCUUGAAGAGGAAGAAGAGAAAAAGCUUGGGCAUCCUCUGGAUGACUCUGUCGAGCUCUUGCUCGACACUUGCCCUGAAUUCUUCAAUUCUCAUGACAGAGAAUUCCAUGUCGCGUCUCUUCCCUACAAACCAAAUUUUAAGGUAAUGCCUGAGGGGUGGGAUGGCACCACAAAGGACCCAGAUGAAGUCCAUUAUGAUAUAUCCAUGAAGGAAGAUGAAAUGUUAUAUCAGGAGUUUGUGCAGAGGAUGAAUUUCAACAAGAUGAAGAUGGCAGGGAUGGUGAAACACCACAAGCAUAGCCGGAAGCGUCCCGAUGAGGGCUGGAAUAUCACAGUGGAGAAACUGGGCCCGCGGGAUAAGCGUGGAAAUGGUGGUGGGUGGAGGUUCAUUAGCGAGCCAGAUGGUUCUAGCAGACCUCUGAAUGAAACAGAGAAAAUGUAUGUGAAGCGAGAAACUCCACGCAGGCGACGCAAGAUACUCCCAUGAUGUCAUGAGAUAGAUUUCAUAAACAGUACCUGGCGCUCUCAGGUCUUUUUUGAUGUAUUCUCUUGGUUCUUAAAUGUUCACUCUGACAGAUUUGAACUUUUGACCAACAAAUGUAUUCGCAAGAUGAAAUGCCGAAACGCAGAACUUAAUUUUAUCUGUUCCUGUCUUACUCGAUACUGUUGCAGCGCCUACAGAUGGUUUGAGUUAAUUAGUUUGAUUUGGAUCGAA